AUGGGUGGAUUCGACAAAAAAGUGACAUUUCGUUCAUCCUGGACAGUGAAAUUGGAGAUAGCGUGUGUUCAAUCAGGGUUUCCAAAAGUGGAAGUUUUUCCUUAUUUUUUCGCAUUACGUUGUAAAACACGUAAAUGUCCAUUCACGUUCAUGGCUCCUGAGCAUGAGCAAAAAAUUUGUUUGCAUUCCGUACAGCAUUUGUAUGCUCUUCACACAGAGUGGUACAACACCUCAUCCUGA